AUGCUACCACUUACUAACCUUUUACGCGGGAACAACCGUGAGUUUUCUUUUCCUGACACAGCUGUAGAGGCUUUCAAUCGUGCGAGGAAGGCUCUUGUGGAUACAACUGUCCUUGUUCACCCUAUACCUGAUGCCCUACUUUCCAUUGUGGCCGACGCCUCUAAUUUCGCUAUAGGUGCUGCCCUUCAGCAACAGACGCCCACUGGCACCCAGCCCUUGGCUUUCUACUCUGCCAAAUUGACACCCCCACAAACUCGCUAUAGCACUUUUGGUAGAGAACUUCUUGCAAUUUAUUUAGCCAUUAAGCAUUUUCGUAAUUAUAUUGACGGCCGAGAUUUUUGUAUUUAUACUGACCGCAAGCCUCUCACUUAUGCCCUCUCUACUUCUUCUGACAAGUAUUCACCCCGCGAGGCCCGCCAUCUCGAUUUUAUUUCUCAGUAUACCACCGACAUUCGAUUUCUUAAAGGCCUUUAUAAUCAAGUUGCUGACUGCCUUUCUCGGCCUGGCAUUAAUGCCAUCACCCGCCCUUCCAUCGAUUUGGAGCGCAUGGCAGAACUGCAAAAUCAGCCGACUUUCAGGGAGAGCCUUCAACACACUAGUCUUCAACUCGAAGCCACUCCUCUUUCCACCACCCCCGGUACAAUUCUGUGUGACGAAUCGCGCGGUGCCCCCCGACCCGUAGUGCCAAGUGAGAUGAGACGAGAUGUUUUUGCCGCGUUGCACAAUCUAGCUCACCCUGGCAUCCGCACUACCCAGCGCCUCGUCAGCGAGCGGUUCGUUUGGUCAAGCAUGAACACUGAUAUCCGCCAGUGGACCAGUUCAUGUUUGGCCUGUCAGAAGGCCAAAGUCGGACGGCACAACAAAGCCCCCUGUUGUAUCCAGCCGGUCAACGCUUGGAAUUCUCCACGCCCUCCUCUCAAGUGCUUCCACAUUUGGUCCCUGUUGACAUUCCCCUUCCCCUUUUGUAACCUUUUUUGA